UUACGCGUUAAAAGUUUUUCGAUUUUCAAACGGUGAACUUGUACGGUGCGUGUAAAUUGAAUUCGUUCAGCUGCCAAAUUGCGUGAGAUUUUGUUCAACAGCCACCUUAACGACUCUCGCCAUGUCGACUAGCCCGAAACCGGUUAAGAAGGUGCCCAUUCACUUGCAGAGCGCCGCGAAUCGUGUCUACAUUAAGAAUGGUGAGAUCGUCAACCAUGAUAAAUCGUUCAAGGCGGACGUUUACAUCGAGGAUGGAAUUAUCAAGUUUGUGGGACCCGCUUCUGAAAUCACGAUACCAGGAGGAGUACGAACCAUUGAUGCCAGCGGGCUUAUGAUCAUUCCCGGUGGCAUUGAUCCCCACACGCACAUGCAGCUGCCUUUUGGCGGAGCCGUUGCCGUGGAUGACUUUUAUCACGGUACCAAGGCUGCCGUUGCCGGUGGCACCACCAUGAUAAUCGAUUUUGUUCUGCCCAACAAACAUGAGUCUAUGAUCGAGGCCUACGACAAAUGGCGCAGCUGGGCUGAUCCCAAGGUAUGUUGCGACUAUGGUUUGCAUGUAGGUAUCACCUGGUGGUCAAAAUCGGUCUCUGAGGAGAUUGGUAUUCUGUGCAAAGAGCUUGGAGUUAACUCCUUCAAAACAUUCAUGGCUUACAAGGGUCUCUACCAGCUAAACGAUUCAGACCUUUUAGAUGUCUUUGAGCGCAUUCGACACUUGAAUGGUGUGGCUAUGGUCCAUGCCGAGAAUGGCGAUAUUAUUGCCAAGAACACGCAACGCCUGCUGGCCGAAGGCAUCAAUGGACCGGAGGGUCAUGAGCUAUCCCGGCCGGAGGAGGUCGAGGCGGAGGCCGUGCACCGCGCCUGCGUUCUGGCCCACCAGGCCGCUUGUCCGCUGUAUGUGGUCCAUGUGAUGAGCAAGUCGGCGGGCAUUGAGCUGGCCAGGGCCCGCCAAAGGUACCGGGGUCGUUACAUUAUGGGCGAGACCCUGGCCGCGGCGCUGGGCACGGAUGCGACCUGUUGCCAGCACCUGGGCUUUGAUCAUGAAGCCGCGCAUGUGCUCAGCCCGCCCCUGCGGCCUGACAAGACGACGCCCGAAUUCUUGAUGAAGCUGUUGGCGAACGACGACCUGCAGCUGACUGGCAGCGAUAACUGCACCUUUAAUAAGGAGCACAAGGCGAUGGGCAAGGGUGACUUCACCAAGAUCCCGAACGGAGUUAACGGCGUUGAGGAUAGAAUGUCGCUGGUAUGGGAGAAGGGUGUCCACGCCGGCCUUCUUGAUCCCUGUCGCUUUGUGGCCGUAACGAGCACGAACGCGGCCAAGAUCUUCAACAUUUAUCCGCAGAAGGGACGAAUCGCUGUUGGCUCGGAUGCUGAUAUUGUGAUUUGGAAUCCAAAUGCCACCCGCACCAUUUCCAAGGACACACACCACCAUGCCUGUGACUUUAACAUCUUCGAGGGCAUGACCGUCCAUGGCAUCUGCGAGUACGUUCUAGUGCGUGGACGCAUCUGUGCCGAACGAGGAAAUGUUCGCGUGGCAGAGGGCUUUGGACGCUUUAUUCCGACUCCGGUUCGUCCGCCUUUUGUCUACGACAUCAUUGAGGGUAAGGUGCAAUCGCAGCCGGAGGAGCCGCAUGAAGAGAAGCAGAACGGUAAUGUGGCCAAGCGGUUCGCCGAGCUGGAUAUUCAAAUUCCAGUGCAGGAGCCUAUCAGCGCCAUGCUGGCCGGAAACCUGGCCAUGCCAGCCGAGGGUUCGCUAUGCAGCACACCCUCGGUGCGUGGGCGCGUGGAUGGGAAACGUGACUUGCAGGAGUCUUCGUUCUCCAUAAGCGAGGAACUGGACCGAUCUGGUGUUCGAGCGUGCAUCAAGGUAAAGAACCCACCUGGCGGCAAGUCUUCCGGAUUCUGGUAGAGAUCAUAAUAGUGACGUCGCAUCAUAGGGUGUGCGGAUGUGGUGUGGAAUCGCACAAUCUCCGACGACAGUGUAAGCCAAAGUCUGCGCUCAUACGACAACUAAACUGGCAUUUAAUAUAAAGAACCCCGAAACAAAAUCGUAAUCUAACCAAAUUUCAUAAUAAGUACAUAAACAUAUAGCCACAAAACCUAUUGAGAAGGAAUCGUGCAACCUGCUUCGUUUGUUUGCCUCUUGUUGAUCAACCUUUUGUUAAACUUCACAAUUUGGAGAAACUCAAUUGCUGGUAACAUCGUCGAUUGCCUUAAUUGAGGACUACCAAAAAUCAAACAAAGUGCUUAUUAAGGAUAUUUUUUGUUGAACACGUAUAUACGUUUAUUUUUAAAUACUUUGUUUAUUUACAAGGAGAUUAGCACAAUUUGUUCGUACCCUUGAAAGCUAAAAUAGGCAAUCCAAGCAAAAUCAAAAGGCUCUAAAGGAUAAUUCAGUUGAAUAAUAAUAUUAUACUAUUUCAAUCGAUUGUCGAUAUAAACCGCUUUCGAAAUGGAAUACUCAUUUGACUUGAUUACUUGAUUUGUCCCUAAGACCGAUCACGCCACAUUGGGAGCAAAUAUUCGCAACUCAUCUCUGAGGAUCAGACGUCUUCAAUUAGACACUGUAAUCAUUUUUCGAUGAAAAUUAUAAAUGUGCAAAACUAUUUAUUAUAUACACAUACUUUAUAUACAUUUAACAAAUGCAACAAAAGCAGAACACAAAAAUCCAACUAAUA